AUGGUUUCGACACCUGAAGAUUCUGGUCAGUCCCAUGUGGAUGAGAAGACUUCGAACCAGUCAGACAGCAACCUGAAGCCAAAUGCCAGUCAUCAGGAGGAUGCCAUCACCUUUGCUGAUGAGACCGGGGGGGUUCACGAAGAAUAUAAGAUGACGUUGCGUCGAUUCAUGGGCUUCGUGGCCAUGGCCUUCCUUUGGACUGGUAGUCAAAUUCCGGUUUAUCUUUUUGGUGGUAUCCCGCCCAUCAUCUAUGGCGAUAUUGGUGGUGUUGAUAGAUGGGUCUGGUUUGUUCUAGCAAACUUGCUUGCUUUGGCUGGAGUCUGUCCUUUCGUCGGCUCCCUCUCCGAUCUCAUCGGACGCCGAUAUGUCGCUCUCAUCGGGGCUACUUUGGUUCUUAUCGGAAUGAUCAUUUGCUCGACGGCACAUACUAUGAAUACCUUCAUUGCCGGUAUGGCUAUUGCAGGUGCAGGUGCAGGGGUGAACGAACUAACAGCACUGGCCGCCACGGCCGAGAUGGCACCAACUCGCCAACGGGGCAAGUAUGUGGCUAUUUUGAUCUUCACAAUAGCCCCCUUCGCGCCAUCGGUAUUAUGGGCCCAAUUGAUCGCCGAUGCCAGCAGCUGGCGCCAUGUCGGUGCUUUCUGUGGAGCAUGGAGUGCGCUCGGCCUGCUCAUCACCGCUUUGUUCUACUUCCCACCACCCCGAGUAAACUCGGAGGGCCUUAGUAGAGCAGAAAUUAUCAGCAGAGUUGAUUUUGUUGGAGGGAUCCUCAGUAUCGUCGGAUUAAUCCUCUUUAUGGCUGGCAUGCAAUGGGGUGGAUAUCAGUAUGAUUGGGACAGUGCACAUGUUCUCGCCCCUCUUAUAAUUGGGGUGGUCCUGCUAGCUUGCUUCGCGUUUUGGGAGAUUUAUGGUGCUAAGUACCCUAUCUUCCCCAGUCGAUUGAAGCAGGAAUCUCGUACUCUCGGCCUAACGCUCGUCAUCACCUUCAUAUCCGGUGCGAACUUUUUUUCAGUUCUUAUGUUCUGGCCGACGCAGGCCUUCAAUGUCUACGGCCAUGACCCUCUUGGCGUUGGCAUUCGCAGUCUACCCAUUGGUUUCGGAAUCAUGGGUGGUGCUUGUAUCGUUUUAUGGCUGCUCAGUGUUCUCCGCGGUCACAACAAAGAGCUCCUAAUUGUUAGCAGCGUUUUUAUGACGGCAGGAUGUGGCGCGAUGGCUAUCGCCGAUGUUAACAACUUGCACAAGCUCUGGGGUGUCCUCAUUAUCGCUGGAUUAGGAAUUGGUGGGAUUGUUGUUCCUGCUUCUAUUAUCACAACUAUUAUCUGCCCAGAUGACCUCAUCGCAACCAUCUCCGCCCUCACUCUUUCAAUCCGUGUCGUCGGUGGCAGUAUCGGCUACACCGUUUACUACAACGUCUUCAUCAGCAAGUUUGUUCCCAACUCGCAACACUACAUUGGUGGUGUCAUGGCUACCCAGCUCAAUAUCACAGACGUCACCCUGAUCACUGAAGCGAUUGAACUCACUGGUGCCUCCCUCCUGGAAGGAUUACACGAUAUCCCGGGGAUUGCAGGGAACCAGGCGGCCUAUGAUGCUGUUGUGGCUGCUGGACAGAUGGCCUACGCGGAAAGCUACAAGUGGGUUUACUAUGUUAGUAUUGCGUUCGGAGGAAUCUCAAUUCUUUCUGCGUGUUUCCUUGGAAAUAUUGCAAAGUACAUGGACGAUCAUGUUGCUGUGAUGAUACAUUAG